AUGGAAUCGCUUUCCGCCCUUCUGAGAUCCUUGCACUGGGAAAAUUUCUUCCUAACCAAUGAUCCACAAGUGGCAGCCGAUGAGUUCUACAAGAACAUUGAGAUGUGUCUAGAUGCUCUAAUACCACUGAAUUAUUGCCGUCAUUCCAAAAAAAUAAAAUUAGAGUCCAUCCCCGAAAAUUUUUCACGCAAACUUGCACGACUCCGAAAUUACUACUUGAAAACAAAUGACUUCUCCCUAGUAUUGCUGCAACAAAAGAUCCUUGCUCAACUUGACAGACUUCGGCAUAUCAGCCUUAUGGACGUAGAAAGACGGGCGCUAAAUAGCAUGAAUAAAAACCUAGAACUCACCAAGCUGAUGAAAUAUAGAAACAAGAAUACAGAAACCCCAUCCAUCCUGAUUUCUGGUAACCAAAUAACUAACAAUCCAGCUAAAAUAAGCAGGGAUUUUAAUAAUUACUUUUGUUCUACUUUUAACACCGCUGCUGCGGCUCCCUCGCACAUUAUCCCUCUGCUUACUGAUGACAAGAUCUGCACAGUUGAUUUUGAACUUCGUGAUAUAAAUCGGCUUAUCACCUCUACGAAGUCAUCAUGGUAUGCCGGACCUGAUAAAUUACCACCAACACUUAUAAAAUACGGUGGAUCUGACUUCCCUGUAUUACUUUUGAAUCCUUUUUCUCUAUCCAUGAACACCGGUACCGUGCCAUCACAGUGGAAGACGGCUGUAGUCAUUCCUCGCUACAAGUCAGGCUCUGUGCAUGAAAUGAGCAACUACCGCCCAAUAAGCCAUACUUCUAUCCUCUCAAAAAUGAUAGAACGUCACAUAAAGUCCAAAACUGUGGACUUUAUGAUGUCGCGAAAUCUUAUCAACACCUCACAACACGGCUUCCUAAGCACGCGAUCCUGCAUAACAUGUCAGAUAGACUUUCUCAGUCUCCUGACUACUUCGCUCGAUGACGGUUCAUCAGCGAUAGUCAUCUACCUAGAUAUGCACAAAGCAUUUGAUCGUGUCCCUCAUAACCACCUCUUAUCCAAACUAACUGCAUAUGGCAUAGACAACCCUCUGCUUUCAUGGUUUGAUUCUUACCUAACUAAUAGAACCCAGGUUGUUCAGAUCGAGCACGAAACAAGCACGCCAAAGCCUGUCACCAGUGGUGUGCUACAAGGUAGUGUUCUGGGACCCUUUUUAUUCCUACUUUACGUAAAUGAUAUUUUUGAUGUCUUUGCUUCCGGCAAACCUUUCCUGUUUGCCGAUGACAUCAAAAUUGUUUACACUUUUAAUCCAACUGAGGUCAGUGAUACGCUUAGCGAAAUCCAGCGUGACUUACAUACACUAGACUCAUGGAGUUCCAAAUGGAUGAUGACAUUCUCUACUGAUAAAUGCCACGUGGUAUCCUACAGAUGUGACAUCACACCAGGUUCGCUAACUAUAGAUGGUAAACCAUUGUCCCACUGCCACACCAUCCGUGACCUAGGGAUCCACUACUCGAGCACCCUUAACUUUUCCGAACACGCAGGACACACCGCAGCUCAAGCCCGCCGAAGCAUUGGGCUUUUGUUCAAAACAUUUAACUUAAAAGAAUCCAUUAACACCAUGUAUAGAAUAAAAACGCGCCCGCUGCUUGAAUAUGGCUCCAUCACCUACUGUAAUUCUAGAGUGAGUGAUCGUAUGGCAUUGGAACGUGUUCAACGAUCAUUUACUAAGCGUCUUCUAGGCUAUUCCACCACCCUAUCUUACAUGGAUCGUUGCGUUGCCUUAAAACUUGAUCCACUGUGGCUGCGAAGAAUGAAACUUAACCUUUUCAUCUUCUUUGACACAAUUACCCAAAAAAUACAUUCUUCACGCCCAUCGGUACAACGAGCAGAAUUAUCAAAUUAUCGCACCCGAAAUAACAAUCACAAUAAAGUAAAAGUGAAAAGAUCACGAACGAAACUGUCUGACAACUUUUUCCUAAAUCGAUACUCCAUAUUGUGGAACAGGCUUCCAUCUGAGAUACGUGCAAUCCAGUCAGGGAUGAAGUUCCGACACGUUAUACAUUCCUUUCUAAACGUCGAAACAGCGAUCGGUAUAUUGCAACCUACCUUGACAAGUGAAUCCCCAUACGAAAUAGGAGCAAGAUGGAUAUAG